CCAGAGUUCAACGUGACGCUUAUGACAUCAGCCUUACCACCAGCCACGUAAUCGUGCGUCGCACUUCUAUUUUUACACUAAAAAGCUAUUUUUGAACAUGAGUGCACCAGCGUGCUUCAGACGCUGGCAGUAAACGACAAUAGACUGUAAGUGCUCAAACACAGCGACUGCUUUAAGCACUUUUUGUCCUUAAAAAAGGCCGUCCAUCAUGUCAGUGCGCAAUUGCGCAGCAGGAACCCCCGAUGUGUGAGACCAGUGACAUGACCAUUGAAAAAACUACCGCAGCGCCGCAAGAGAACCAGCCUCCUACUGUGACCCCAUUCCAGUAAAGAAGACUUCUAAAUUCCCCCACAGUAACAAGGUGAGCGGUCUCUGUGUGAAUUUCCCACAACCCCAUCUUCGACGCUGCUGGAAGAGUAGCUUCCUGUAAUGAAGACGUUCGGAUCCCGGUGAGGGUAAGCAGCAUGUUCAUGUGUUGGACGCAUAUACGUUGUGUCCACAACUCACGAUGACAGCUCGCAUCAGGACUGUGGAUGCACUUUUCAAAAGUCUGGGUUUCUGAGAGGAAGCAUGAUGGACGCAGCGGACAUAGUUGCCUCUGUGCUGGUUUUGGGGAUUAUUGUCGUGUCGCUGCUGUCCAACGUUGUGGUGCUGAUCUGCUUUAUGUACAAUCCGGAGAUCCGCAAACAGGUACCCGGUCUUUUUAUUCUCAAUUUGACGUUUUGCAACCUGUUGCUGAGCGUGUCCAACAUGCCACUAACUCUGAUCGGGCUCAUCACCACGGGCCACCCCGGGGGCAGCGGUUUCUGUCAAAUUGUGGGUUUCCUCGACACUUUUCUCACCACAAACUCCAUGUUGACCAUGGCAGCUCUUAGCAUCGAUAGAUGGGUGGCGGUGGUUUUCCCGCUGAGCUACCACUCAAGAAUACGGCACCGGGAUGCAGUGAUAGCUCUAGGAUACAUGUGGAUACAUUCACUUUGCUUCUCCACGGUGGCUACCUGCCGUUCCUGGGUCGGCUACAACCACCUUUACGCAUCGUGCACGCUGUGCAGUGUGAGAGCGAAGGGAGCCGGGACGCAGUUCAUCAUUUUCACCGUGGUUUUGCACUCUCUCACUUUCCUUCUCACGCUGAUCGUGCUGUGUGUAACGUAUCUGAAAGUUCUCAAAGUUGCGAGGUUUCACUGUAAACGCAUCGACGUCAUCACUAUGCAGACACUGGUGCUGCUUGUGGAUAUCCACCCCAGUGUACGCCAGAAAUGCUUGGAUGAACAGAAGCGGAGGAGGCAGAGGGCCACCAAAAAAAUCAGUACAUUUAUCGGCACAUUUGUGGUGUGCUUCACGCCUUAUGUCAUUACAAGAAUUGUAGAGCUUUUCAUCCCAGGACCCAUAAACCCUCACUGGGGUGUGCUGUCCAAAUGCUUGGCCUACACCAAGGCAGCAAGCGACCCAUUUGUCUACUCACUGUUGCGUCACCAGUACAGGAAGACAUGCAGCCUUCUGGCAAACAAAGUCCUCAAGAGGAGCACGUUCAACUCCUCCUCGUUCAGGAUAGAGAACAAUGCAAGGAGAAAUGACAACUCCUCCAAUGCAACCAACAAUGUCCAACCACCAACCGAAAAACCCCUCGGCCAGUGAACAUCAACACAGUGACAAGUGAAGUGUUGAUCUUGGAUGUUGACAUUUUCUUCUGAGUUUGAGAUAACAUAAAAAGUGAUAUUAUAAUAUCAAACGUUUCUCAUGUAAUUACUUGUUAAGGGACAAGAUAUUUUGUACUUUUUAUUGUGAACAAAUUCAAUGAAAAGACCAAAACCAGCAACGUGUUACUCCGCAUCUCCAUACUUUAUUAAUUUGCCACCGUUUCUGACUUAGAUAGCUAAAUGCUCAGAUUGUCCUGCUUUUUUUCGCAGCUGUAUUCCUGAAUGCAAAAAUGCAUUGACCGUUAUUGCCAGUGACAUCUCUUUAUUUACAGCAGAUACCCGUGUUCAUGAUUACAAGAAGCAUGUCACACAGUGCUACUUACUGUAGAUGUGUUUUUCAAUUAUUAUUUGUUAACUCUCAGUAGAGUAGGUUAAUUGUGGGGGGGAAAGAAAUGUAGGCCAGCUAUGUUUGUAGACUUUAAUGGCAUUGAGGAUUUAAUACAAGUGUACAUCUUUUUCUGCAGAGGUCUUGGACCUGUUUUUCGUGAUAUAGUUUUGUAGCAUUCUGGUAAAUUUGUGUGAAAUACCUAGACUGCUGUGGCACGGUAAUCUAGUGACUGUUUCAAAGGCACAAACUGCAGCACACGUGAACAAGACUGCCGCCCCAUCUCCAAAAUCCAGAACAAAGGAACAGAAGUAUAUGUAUUACCUCAAAUCAAUGUAUUUAUAAGUUAUAUUGUUUGAAAAAGAUGCUCAAAGUGUUGUGUUCCACCUAAAGCGAAUGGCUGCAUGUCUUGACUGAAAUUCAAGCAUAACCUCUGACCUCACUCAUGAUGAAGAAAGCUGGAUUAAAUACUUCAUGUGUUCAUGGAAUCAUUUAAAGCAGAUGAUAUUUUAAAGUUGUGUUGCAUCACACUGAUAGUUUUAUUGAAAAUACUGUACAGUAUAACUGUGAGGCCUGACUUCUAAAGUGCCUAUGAAGUCUCUGAUUGAAUCACAACUCAACAGAGGGAACACUUUUCUCAAUGGUUGUGUUAUGGUAAAGUGUGUGAUUUUAAUCCUGUUAAGUAGUUCAUUUUGUAAGUAAUGUUUAUUUUGUAAUACAACCUCGUUAUUUGGUUGCAUAAGGCAGCACAAGGUGAAAUGUUAUUGAAUGUGGUAGCAGCUAUUCGGUAAUGUGUAAUUAACAUUUGAGCUCAUGUCAUAUGAGUGGCUGUGCGAUAUCUGUGUUGUAAGACAACACUGACUAAUCAGGAUGUUGUGUUUUUACUUUACUGUGACAGUAUGAAGCCUUUAAAAGGCAAAAAAAAAUCUAUUUAUUUUUGUCAAAA